UAUUUCCACGGUUCCUCUUUCCCAACCCCCUUCUUAAAAUCAAUAAAAUGUUUUUGUUUUGUUGUUAUCAGUAGUUUGUUUGUGACGAGCGACUGCUACCUAUUAUAAAAAAUAAUUACCGCCGCUCAUGUACCAAACGUAUAAAAGGAAUUAAAAACAUGAACAUUAAGACGUAGUAGACCUUUAACGUUUUUCUUUACUCAUUAAUCGUUAUAAAUACAUUUAAUUUUCAAACUUUGCUUUGUUUUCAUCAAUAUUUAAAAAUCACUAAUAUAGAUACCUAUAUUAUAUAUUUUCGAAAUCAAAAUGAAAUUCCUCUUUCUAGGAAUAUGUCUUUCGAUUGCUUUGCUUGGAGAUAAUGUUUUUGCUCAAAAACAUAAGGUUAGUAAAUUCUAUAUUAUAUUAGAAAAUUUGUAGCAUAUAACUAGGAUGGUGUCCCAGUUGUCAUUUGCCUUUGACUGUAAUUGUUAAAACUUAUUGAAAUUUAUGUACGUUAUAGGUAGAUUUAAUUAAUUAUAAAAACGUAUAUUAUGUAUAAUAUAAUUAUUAGUUAAGUAGAAAUGUUCCCUAAUAUCUUUUAUUUUAUACUUACAUUAUGUUUACAGUAUUUAAAAAUCUAUGUUAAAAACUAAAUUGAAACUUGAAGUGCAUUUAUGAAACCAAUUAUAAUAAGCCUAGGUCUGUCCAUAAUGUAUUACAAUCACAUAAACUACCCAGUAUGCCCAUAAAGAAUUUACGGGAUCAUCAAAUAAUACAAUAAAAAUACUUAAUCAAUAAUUUUGACACUAAGUAUCUAUAGUAUAAUAUGCAGUAUUAUAUUAAAUCUAAAAAUACUAUACCUUGCUACCUAUUAAUUCUAGAGACAAAUGUUAAUAAUACCUACUUCUCUAGUAUUUUGAUAUAUUAUUGUCCAUUUAUGUAAAAUUAUUUUUCUGGUGAUUUUAUUCUGAUGAGAUAAAUAUUUACAAAAGGUCACCAGGGUCUAGGAAACAAAAUAUAACACUUAUACAGCCAAUGUAUUAAAACUUUUAAAUGCGCCUUUUACUUGAACAUAAAUAAUUUUAAAUACAAAUAACUUUUAUACUUAACAUUUUUCUUUAUUAUUUAUAAUAAUAUUAAUGUAUUGGGUAUGUUUAUUUAUUGAUCGAUUUAUUUAAAUUAUAAGUUAACAAUGGCUAUGUUUAUGUUUGUUUCAUUUAAUUAAGAACAACAAACUUUACAUAUAACUAACAACAGCAUAGGUACUUUGCAUAUAACUAGCAACAACAUAAAAACUACAGUUAGUAUCUACAUAAAUAUGGGAAAAGAUGGGUUAGAAUUUGCAAAGGACAUGCAAGGGGUCAUUCAUAUAUGAAAAAUAUGAUAAAUUGAUAUGGAAUGGAACUAAUUGACAUAAUGGACAAGGAGAGACCUUAAAUGGAAUUUAUUUUCAUGAUUAGGUACUUAUAACAGUAUUAAAAAAAACAAACAUUUUAAUAUUUUAAUGUGUAUUUCAAUUUUAAUCUAAGUUUUCUCCCUUCAAAUAGAGCAAAUAAAAUAUGUCAAAUACAUUUUCAUAUUUGAAAUGAAAGAAUAAGAUAAAAACAAAUUUGUAUACAAAGUUCCUUUGAAAAGUAACUGAAAAAAACAAUUGGUUUAAAUUUAUAAUAACAAUUCCUAAUUUACUAGUUUGUGAUAAUUAAAAAUUGUUUUAUAUAUAUAUAUAUAUAUAUAUUAUACAGACAUGUGUACUAUGUAUAUAAAGAUUAAAGAGUUAGGUAAGAUUUGAUAUGGACAUUGAACAUCAGUGGACCAUAUUAUAAUUUAUGCAUAUUAUGUAGGUAUUUUUUUUUUUUUACUAAACAUAUUUUUGUUUAUGAAAUAAUGUAAGUUUUUGUUUAUGUUUUAACCUUGAACAUGUAUACCUAUGUUAUAUGAUAUGUUUGUUUUCAUUAGUGAAAAUGCCUAAUUCCUGUGAUGAUAAUUAAAAUAAUAGUAAUAAGUAAUUUUUUACUUUUCUAAGCAUUUAUUUAUCUCCUUGUGUUUAUUAUAUUAAAUGUAGUUGCAAAGUAUUGUUUAGUUCUAAUAUUAAUAAUUAUACUUGCCUGUACAGAGUAAUUUUUUUUUAUCAUGAACCAACAAUUAUCUCAGAGGAUUUAUCGUUAAAACAGUUUAAAGUUUAGACUAGAGGAGUAGGGAAAGGUAUAGAUAGGCAAUUUAUUACCUUAGGGUAAUUCUGAUAUUAGUGUUAUGCAUAUCAACAUUUCUAGAAAAAUAUUCUUUAUUCAAAAAAAGGGGGGGGGGGGUUCCUUUUAGGAAAUCAAAAGUAUAUACUUAUUUAAGGUAUAUGGAGUAGGGGUAACAAAUUUAAAAUGGUUUUAAAAUAAAGCUUAAACAAUUUCAUAAUGAUUAGAAAAAAUAAAUCAAAUUCGCAGUAAGAGAUAUGAGAUAAUUGUUGGUUCAUGAUAAAAAAAAAUCACUAUAUACAAAUAUAGGUGUAGUCCUCAAUGUAGUUUAUAUUAUUUUCAAUUUUGAUUAUAUUUAAUUAAUAUAAAAAUAAAAAAAAUUAGGUACUUAAUAAAAUCUUCCUGAUCAAUUUAAUUUCCUUAAGACUUUCAUUUAUACUCAAAGUAUUCAAAGAGAAAAAAAAAAUGGAAGUAAAGUGAAAACAUAAAAAAUUUUUCAUAAAAAAUUGCAUUGGUUAAAUUACUUUUAAAAGUCACUUAAUAUCUUCAGUUAUUUAUUUAUACAUAUUUUGAAAGGCCAUAAUUUUGAAAAUUUCUAUUAGAAUUUAUUUUUAAAACUUUUAUACAAAUAAAAAAUGACUACAUAUGAUUAAUUUUGUUUUUUCGACUCCACUAAAUACAACUUAUAAUGAACCCUGUGUUAAAUUUUUAAGCACCUCUAUUUGGUAAAAUAUAUUAUUCACAUAUUGGCAGGUAUUAAUGAAAAACUAAAAUUAUUUUAUGUUUAUUUCCAGGUUUUUCCUUAUUAUUUUGAUAACUACUUAGAAAAUUAAAUAAUUGACUCAUUAAACUCAUCAAUUAGAUCCAAAAUACAACAAAAAAGUCUUGUGAUUUUUUGAUUGAAACAAUAUUUUUGGUACAAAACAUUUAUCGUUAAAAUUUAAAAUAAUGAAAUCUUGUCAUAAAUAUUGGUUCGUUUUACCUAUAAUUUUGUUUCUGGUUUUUUCCAAUUAUUAUUAUCAUAGUAAUUAUCAUAUUAUUAGUGUGAUGACAUAAUUUUUAAACUCAUUAAAAUUAUUUUACUUACAAGUAUACUUUGAGCUUUAUAUCGUGUUAUGUUUUUCAAAUACAAUGGUUAAUCUUAUUUUCGUUAUUUAUACAAUAUAACACUUUUAAUCUGAAUGUCCCUUGACUGUUUUGAUUAUGAAAACAGAGUUAAGUAAAGUUAUGAAAAGAAACAUAUAUUUUAAUUUUUAUUUACAUUUUAAAUCUAGACUUAUUGACUUAACUGAUUAACUACAGAUCAAUUCACUGAAUUCACUGAUCAAUAAUCUGUUGCCUAUUUUUCAUAGUAAAGUUAAAAAAUAAUUUAAAUUUAAGAUUUUUAAAUUAUGUAUGGUCACAAUUAAUGAUGAUAUUGAUCAUCAUAUGUAUGAUGUUAUUAUAAUAUUUAAAAAGUUUUAAAUGAAGACAAAAUUAAAUAGUACAGGUAUUGAUAGUAAUUAAAAUUAAAUUAAAUGUUUGAUCAAUAUGAUAUUUGAUUUGCUUAAUAUUGUAUUAUAUACAUUUUUUAAUAUCCUUAGAAUGAUUGAUCAUUGUGUUUUAGAUUGAAAUAAGUAAGCAAUUUUUUGUUAAUAAACCUGAUCAUUACCAUGAUCUUUUAUAUAAUUUAAAUGAAAAAAGAGUAAAAAGACAAUCAGAUCAAGAAAAUAGUGAAUUUAUCAAAGAAUUAGCAAAUCUAGCAUUAAAAUCAUUGAAAAGUCACUCAGAUUAUGGGCAUAAACUUAUUCAAGUUGAACAAGUGGGCAAUGUAUCACGUGUAAGAUUGUAUUAUAGUUUCUUAAUAACUGAUACAUUCUCAAUACAUACAAUUAUUCUUACAGAUUUUACUUGAAAAUAAAAUUAAAGUAUCAGCAUGCCGUUUUAAUAGUUUAAAUCAAAAGAAAGAUUUAGAUAUGCAUCCUGAAAAAAAUGUAACAUGGGAUGAUUUUUUUGUGAGUUUUAACGUGCAAAAUAACUUAUAAAUAAUUAUGGUUUUAUUUUUAUUUUUAUUAUUUAUUUUUUUUGUAGGUUUGUGAUGUAUGUGAAUUUACUAUUAAGAAGUCUGAUAAUAAAUACAAAGUUGUAGAAGUGGGAUGUGUCUUACAUGAUUCCCGCACUUACCGUUAUGCACGCCAGGUUACUUAAAUUUCUAAAAUUUUUAUGGUGCUAUAAAAUAUUUAAUUGUUACUAAAGGAAUUAAAAUAAUAAUUUGGAAAUUUUUCAAUGCAUAUAAUGAAACAUUCACUUAAAUAAUCCAUAAUAUAUUAAUAUAUAGUAAUAACUAAUAAACGUAUUUUGGGUUUCAAAUGUUGCUAGAAAUAAACUAAUCAACCAACUAUAACAACACUAAAUUUCAAAGUAAUAAAUAAAAAUUGGACAUUGUACUGGUCUUAACAUAAAAUAUUAAAAGAAUAAAUAUGUAAAAAUGUAAAAAUAAAUAUAUAAUAAUAAUUGAAAUUUAUUGGUUUUUCUAUGAUGUGUUUUUUUUUUGUGUCUGAACAAUUUUUCUAUCAGAAAUCUUGCUUUGCUCGAAAAUUUACAAGAGAUCGAUUUUGUUCUUUUUGAUAUAUAGCCACUGUUAAAUUGUGCAAAACCGAAAAAUAUGUUGAAAAAAUGAGAAAAUUUACGAAAAUAAUUGUUUUUAAAUUUUUGAGUUAAAAUGUUUAUAUUAAACAUUUUAAUUUGCCGAGUUUUACAUAAUUUUUAUUUCAUAGGUACUUUUUGGAUUACAUUGUUAAACUAAACAGAAAUACUUGAAAAUUUGACAAGAGGUUCAUUAUAAGUUGUACUUAGUGGUAAAAAAAAAGAAUUGAUUGUAAUGUAGUAUUUAUUUUUAUUUUUUUUUCAAAAAUGUUCAGCAGGCCAAUAUAUAUUUUACUAUAGAUUUAUUAUAAAAAAAAGUGUUUUACACCUACUAUAGCUUAUAGCCACAGUACUAAUGUUAAAGACCAAUUUAAAAAAAAAUUUUCCAUCGCAGAAAACUUUGUUAUGCCGAAAUGCAAUGUUGAUAAAUUUUAGGUAUACAUAAGCAUACCCUGCAAUAUCUUAAAUGACAUCCCUGCAAUAGUUACACCCGUCCCCAGUUUCAGCUUUUUUUUAAUAAUCGAAUGGACACCAUCCACUUUGGUAUUCAUAUAGCCAAAGAUCUACAUCUAUGUAUUUAUCCAUAUCUUUUAUUAUAAAAAUAUACAUAUAAUUGUAGAAGGUGAAAAGUUAUUUUUAAAGAUUAUAAUAAUAAGGUUUAAAGGCUUUUUUAAUCAAUUAGCUGAUAGUAUCAUUAUAGGUCACAUUUGUUAAUUGAUUAAAGCUCUUAAUAUUUGCUUUUAAAUAAAAUCCUUGAUAGAAAUACAAAAUGUGUAAAAGAAAACAAGUAUAACAUUAUUCAAAUGGUAAUUUUUUGGCUAUUUAUACUAUGUUAUUUAUAUUUAGUUAUUUGUUUUGAUUUCAUGUUUGUUAUAGUGUACAUAAAAUAAGAAAAACGUAUAACAAUAAUUUAGUUCAGUACUGAUUUUCCUUAAUUUAAUAUCAGCUUAAGGUAGUUUGGAAACAUUAAUUAACUUUUAAAUUGGUAAUGGUCCCAAAUUAAAAAAAAAAAACUGAUUCAUUGAGAAUAUGUUUUGAAGAUAUAAAGUUGAAGUGGAAACCCCAAAAUAAAAUACAUAUUUAAUAUUAUAAAAAUGGUUUUUUAUCAAGUCCUUUGUUCAUGAUCUUUAAACAAACAUAACUUAGGUGAAAAUUUAGUACAUUCAUUUGUGCAAUAUUUUAUUUUAUCAUUAUUAUUUUUUUUGACCGAGUCACAAAGAUGUCUUUUUAAUUUUUUGAUCUUUAAAAUAUAAUUUUUAUAGAUUGUAAGCAUCAAAUUUAUCAUAAAACAUUUAAAAUUAAUUUCUAAAAAAAAAAAACUAUGUUCUGACAUUAAUAUUAAAAAAAAAUUAAUGAUUAUUUAGCUUAUAGAAAAUUAAAUUGUUGACAUUUUGGAUGAUAAAAGCUACCCAAGAAUUUAAGCAAUUUAAUUCAUUUUCUACAAGCCAAAAUAAGCAUCAAUUUUUAUUUCUUUUUGUUUUUUUUUUUCUUAUAUCCUUGUAUUUCUUUUUUUUUUUUUUGUAUCUUUGUUUUCUUUUGAAUAAAUGAGUAUUUAGAUUGCAAAAAAAUCAAAUUUAUAAAAUCUAUUUUUGAUAAAUUUGAUGCUUGCAACCAAAAUUAUUUUAAAAAUUUAAAAAUUUGUGCUUACUUAUUUACCAGGCCAAACACAGUAUCACACGGAAAGAUUUGAGUAGUCAAUUUAUCUUACAUGUUUAAAACAUAAAUAAAAAAUAUAAGAGCAUAUUAUAAAAGAUAUUAUUAUUGUUUAUUUGUAAUUUGGUUUAUUUUAUUUUUAUAGCCAUCACCUUUAGGAGGUUACCAGCCAAUUGAUGUCGACAAUGAAAAUAUCAAAAAACUGGCUCAAUUUUCAUUAGAUUCUAUUACACAACAAACAAUGUCUAAAAGAUCUUUGGGAUUAAUUAGAGUUGUUUCUGCAAAAUCUCAAGUAUGACUAAUAUUAAUAUACUUCAACAGUAAUAUUUAUAUUUAUUAUAUUAUUUCAGGUUGUUGCAGGAAUAAAUUAUAAGAUAGAUCUAAUUGUGUGUGAAAAAGAUUCAACUAAAAAAAAUAAGGACAUUGUUAUGGAUCAUAAAGUUUGUUUAUUUUACUUUUAAUUAAAAUUUUGUGUAACUAUUUGGUUUUCUAGAAUUGCCGUUCAUGUGACAUAACUAUAUGGGAACAAUCGUGGUUGAAUAAUAAAAAUGUUACUAAAGUAGCUUGUACUAAACCUUCUGAACUUGAAUCUUUUUCAAAUGUUGCAGCAACUAAAAGAAAAAGAGUAAUAAUUUAAAAUAAAUUAUAAUAUAUCGUAUAUAAUAAUAUUCUUUUUAGGAUAUACAUGAAGACACAAUGGUUGGUUCAAAAAUAAAUUUGGAUUUGAAUGAUAAUAAAGUAAAAGAUAUAGUAGAUUAUGCUUUAUCAUCUGUUGAUCAACAAGAGGGAUCUGGAGUAUCACAUAUAUUAUCAAAAAUAAUAAAUGCAUCUAAACAAGUAUUUUUUUUUUUUAUAUGUUUAAAUUUAUAUUUUUAUAAUAAAAUAUAAACCUAAAAAAUUAUAAUUUACUUAUUAGAUUGUGGCUGGAAUUUUGUACAAUAUAGAAUUAGAAAUAUGUGAGAAUUCUACAAGUCAAGUUGAUGGGAAGGUAAUUUAAUUUAACUAAAUUCUUAAAAAAAACUAAAAACUAUUGUCUUAUUUUAAAAUCUUACUUGUAUUAAGAGAUGUUAAAUUAUUAUAUUCACUAUACAUAUAUUUUUAUUUUUGUUGGAAAAACUAAUAUUCUUUAAAAUAUUUUAAAAAUUAACUUAAAUCUUAAUAUAAAUCUUGAUUUGAAAAUAUUAUUAAUAUUCGAUUCAAAUUAAAAUUGUUACCAUUGUUUAAUAAAAAAAGAAUAAAAACAUGAUUUUAUUUUUUGCAAUAUUUUUAUUUUAUUAUCAAAUCUAUAUUAUGUACAUUCAUUUUUAUAAGUUAUGGUGACAUUUUGUAGUAUAUUCUAUGUGAAUUUGUAGACCUAGAACAUAUUAUGAAUAUAAACCAAACAUUUAUUUUGUAUUAUUAUUUAUUUUAUAAACUAUAAAUUAUAUUUAAUUUCUCAUUGAAUCAACAAAUAUAUGAACCACAUUCUAAUUCAAGUUUAAUGAAUAUUGUGCAUAAUAUUUCAAGACUAAAAAUAAUGUGUGUGUAUAAAUAAUUAAAACUAGGUAAUAAAUAUUGCUGAUUGUUUAAAUACCAAAAAGAUGGUUUUACUCAUUUUCAUUAUGUAAAUACUCUUAAAUUUCAAGUUUGUAUAAUUAAUUAAUUACUAAUAUUUAAUAUUAACUGUUAUUUUCCAGAAAUGUAGAAUUUGUAAUGUUAAUGUAUGGGAACAAACAUGGUUAAAUACAAAAAAUACUUCAAAAAUUAAUUGCAAUUCACCUUACAGAAUAAAUGUUGUUGAAUCAAAUUUGGUAAGUUAAAUUAAUUCAUCCCGAAUAAUAAAUAUUAAUUAAAAUAGUAGUUAUUAAUAACUUAUUUAACUAUAUAUGUCUGUGAACCAUACAAACACAGUUAUUUAAUUGAUAAACUUUUAGCCAUUAUAGACAUAAAAUAAUAUGGAGUUACUUCAUUAUGUGAUCUACUUGUUAGUUUCUAACUUAAUAUGCGAUCUAAUACAUUUUUAACAUUUUAUGCUUAGAUUGUUUAAAACCAAGUAUACUAGGUUCAAGUUUAUAUGUAACCAAUAUGUAAAUAUCAUUCAGUUAGGUACAGUACCAAACAAUCUUUCUGUCAAGAAAUCUAUUGUCUUUUUUUUUUUAUUUAUUAUUUUAAAAUGUUUCAGCACAUUAGGUGCUAUUACAAGUACAAUAGAUUAAAAAUAUGGUUUAAUAUUUACAUUUAUCUUAAGAUAAUAAUGCUAUAAUGAUUCCUAAUUAAAGUUUAGUAUUUUUUGUUAAUUAUUCUUCAUCUUCCGACGAGAUCUCUUCAGUUAUCUUUAAUGGAACUUUUAAUAAAAAAAAAAAACUCUUAAAAUGUUACGCUAAUUUGAAAUACAUUUAACUAUUUAUAUUACUAUUAUAGAAAAAAAAGUAUUUCCUGAUCCAGUCAACUGAGGUUUGACACCUUUUAUGGUAACAAGGAAAAAUAGGUUGAAAUUUACUGUGUUGAUUACAUAUACUUUUUUAUUGCAUUACAUUACCAUAUUUGUCAUGUGCACUAAUUUUUAUAGAUUCAUGAAGUAAAUUGCAUUCUCAUAAAAAUGAUGUAGUAACCUUUUUUUUUUCGAUGACAGAAGAAUAAAAUUCUUUCAAUAUUAAGCCUGUGUCAACUAUUUAUUGAUAAAUUGCAAUUAAACCAUAGUAAAUUGUAGUCUAUAAAAUUAAUCAUUAUGCACCAUCUUUAUAUAUAUAUAUAUAUUAGGGAAUUUUGUUUAGCCCAAAGGUAUUUUUAUGCUCUAUGGACAAGAUUGAUCUCAUAAUGAAGUAUCACCAAUAAUUAUUCUCAUAGAAAUUAGAUAUUUAAAUAAUUCAUUAAUUUAUAAUAUUAUUUUUAAAUUUGAUCAGAAUAAAUUAAACAAACAAAAUUAUGAUGCAGAAGAAAGAUUUGAAUUAAAAAAAGAUUUUGAAAAUUUUAUAAAUACACAUAGUAAAAUAUAUUCAAGUCUUGAAGAAAAGAAUAGAAGAUUCCGCAUUUAUGCUGCUAAUAUGAAGAAAAUAAAGUUGUUACAAAAUCAUGAACAAGGAACUGCUAUUUAUGGUGCUACACAAUUUGCAGAUCUUACAAGUAAUAAUAUAAUAUAAUUUAUUAUAUUUAAAUUCUAUGUUUGACAGUAAAUUUUCAUUUAUUUAACUAAUAUUUACCUAAUUGAUUAUAAAAUAAUAUAAUAUUUGUAAAUAGAAAAAAUGCUGGAGAUACAGUGUUUUGAUAUGUGGUAGAAUAUAAAUGAGAAAUUAUAAAAGCUAUUAUUUUGAAGAGUGAUUAGCCUAAAAUAAUUUUUAAAGGUAAAGAGAACAUCCCACAUAUGGAUUAUUUGAUAUGCAGAAUAUAUAUUUUGAAAAAAUUUAAAGAUUGUGAAGUAAUACUUGUUAACAGUUUGGAAUUGCAGUAUAAGUGUUAUGGUGUUUAGGAGAGAAAGUUAACAAAAAUAAUGAAUAAGUAAGAAAUAGUAAAAAAAUUAGAGGAAGAAUGUUAAUGAAUGAAAUGAAAAGAAAAAUGGUGUAGGUAACACAGUGGGAAUACAAUAGUAAUUAGAAGGCAAACAUAUACCCAAGAAUAAAGAAAUAUAGUUGGGGGGGAAAACACCCUAAAAGUAAUUUUUUUUAAAAAUCACUUCUUUUAAAUUCUUUACUUGUGUAUUCAACUUAUUAUUGUUGUAAAUUAUAAUUUUUAAAAAAAAAAGCUACAAGUCAUUUUUAAAGAACUUCAAUACAAAAUGUAUUAGUCAACAAAAAAUGUAGUUAAUCAUUUAAAACAAAUUUGUUCUGUUUGGAAUCUAAAAAGUAAAAAAAAAAAACAAAUUUUAUUAAUUUGGUUGAUUUUUUAAAUUUUAAUGUACUUUUUUAAAUUAUAUAAUUCAAAUUUAAUAUUAUUUUUAAAUAAAUUAUAACAUUUUGAUAGAAAAUGAAUUUCAAGAAAAAUACUUGGGGCUAAAUCCAUCAUCGGCAAAAAAUAAAAUUUUACCCAUGGCAGAAAUUCCUCAUGAUAUCGCAAUUCCAACUGAGUUUGAUUGGAGAGAUCACAGCGUAGUUACACCAGUAAAAAAUCAGGUAUUUGUUAUUGGUAUUUAAAAUUAUGUAAUUAUGCUCUGGAUUCCUUGAGUUAUUGUUAUUGUAAAACUCAAUUACUAAAAUAUUUUUCUCCUAAAUUACUUUAUGUAAUUAAAAUAGCAUGUUAUAAUUUACAAUAAAUUAAUAUUGUAUGUUUGGUUUUAGAUUACAUUUAUAUUAAAACUUUGCACAGCUAUAUUAUACUGAGAUUUUAUUAUUAAAAUAAUUGAAGUAAAAUAAAUAAAUUGAAUUUAAAUUAUUUAUACAUUUAAUCCUAGGGAAGUUGUGGAUCAUGUUGGGCAUUUUCAGCAAUUGCCAAUAUUGAAGGACAAAAUGCUUUAAAAUCUGGAAAACUUCUAUCUCUUUCAGAACAAGGUAAUUUAAUAGAUUAUAAAAAUGCUAUUAUUUUUUUUGUUUAUUUACUUUAUAAUUAUUAGAGCUGAUUGACUGUGAUGCUAUGGAUAAUGGAUGUGGUGGAGGUCUUAUGACUCAAGCGUUUGAAGCUAUUGAAAAUUUAGGAGGUUUAGAGACAGAAUCUGCCUAUCCUUAUGAAGGUCAUGAAGACCGAAAAGGAUGUCAAUUAAAUAAAAGUAAAUUGAAAGUAUCAAUAUCGAAGGCUGUAAAUGUAUCAACAGAUGAAGGAGAUAUAGCCAAGUUUUUAGUUGCACAUGGACCUCUGUCAGUUGGAGUUAAUGCUAAUGCUAUGCAGGUAUGCUAUGCAAUUUUUUGUAUUAUUUGACAUUUUUCAUUAAGUACCUAAUUUAUAGUUUCUAAAAAGAAUUUCUAGAUUUUGAGGUAUGAGUUUUUAUAUUUAGAAAACACUUAUAUUAGUUAUAUGUAAUCUGUGACCAAAAUUGAAUAAUUAUUUAGUAUAUUUCAUUAAAUUACUAUUUUAUUUUAGUUUUACAUGGGAGGAGUAUCACAUCCAAUACAUGCACUAUGCAGCCCCAAAUCAUUGGACCAUGGUGUAGCAAUUAUUGGAUACGGAAUUCAUAGUAAGAUCGCAUUAUGUGUAUAAUAAUUAUUUGUUUCUAAUAACAAGAGAAAAAAAAUGUUUAAUCGCAUAAUACUUUUAUUUUAAAAAACCAUAAUGAUUGAUGUUCUAUAUUUAAAAUUUUAAGUUUUCAUAUUUUUUAAGUUAAAAUUAAUUAGGAGUCAAUUUUUGAAAUUCAAAUGAAAACUGGUUUCUCAAACAUUUUGAAAAUUAAUAUUGCUACACAAAAAUACUUCCUUGAAAGAUCUAUAAUUUCCAGUCAUUUAUAACUAAACAUGUUUUAAACAUAUUUGCAUGCAGAAUAUAUACUGAUCAAUUACCGAUAUAAAAUGUCCUAUUCACUAUUAUUAUUUUAUUCUUAACUCCAGUAUUAACCAGACCACGUGGAUAAAAGUUGUAUUAAUAAAACUAUAACAGUUAGAGUUUUAUUAACAUAAUGACAAUUAUUGUUGUAUAAAAUGCAUAUAUAAGCUUAAUGAAAGAUUAAAACACUGUUUAACUAAUUUAAUUUGUUUUAGAAACCAAAUAUACUCACAAAAAUUUACCAUAUUGGUUAAUUAAAAAUAGUUGGGGACCUGGAUGGGGUGAACAAGUAAGUUGAAUACAGAUUUAUUUAAAAUAUAUAUUUUUUUGUUUUUCAGAAUAUCCUUAUUUAAAUGCAACUUUACCAUUUUGGACCAUUAAAAACAGUUGGGGUGACAAAUGGGGAAUGCAGGUAAUGGGCUUUUAAAAGAUAAUGCCCAUAAUAACUUAGAAAUAAUUAAUUAAAGCUUUAGUAUAUUUAUAGAAAUGGUCCAAAAUUUUAAAUAUUGUGAAAUAUGUUUAUUGUAUUGUUUUGUUAACCACUGUGUCACGUCUUCAUUGUUUUAUUUAACUAACAUAAUAUGAAGGAAAAUUAAUGAUGAAUUAUUAUAAUUUAUAUAACUAACUACAUUUUGUUUUAGGGCUAUUACCUACUCUACAGAGGUGAUGGAUCUUGUGGUGUUAAUCAAAUGGUUUCUUCAGCAAUCAUUGAAUAAUUCAUUUUCUAAUUUUAAGAAAUUAUCGACAUUUUUUUAAAAUUCAAAUAAUUAAAAAAGAUUCUCAAAAAAGUAUACUCAUUAUUUUAUAAUUUUAAUUUCCAUUAAACAUGUGAAAUUUUCUUAUUUGCAUUUGCUAUUGUAGAGUAGAUCUUUAAUGUUUCUAGUAUGCAUAUAAUUACUUCACAAAUAAGUGAUCUUAAAAUAUUCUAACUAAAAUGAUAGUUUUAAUAAUUAAUAAGUUUAAUGAUAAUAACUGAUCAAAUUUGUUUUUUUCUUUAGUUUUGAUGUUUAUGUAUUUAAUUACAAUAAAUAUAUUUAUUUCAAAUUUUUAUUGUCAGGUGGCUAGUGAUUUUUUAUUUUAUUAUAUGAAUUUAUUAUAAUUUAGUAAACAUUUAUAAAAUUUGAUUUUUGUUUUUAAUUCAAUGUUAUUUUGAUCAUUGAUCCUGGUUAAUGUCUUAACCAGGACUGUGUAUCCCUACAUAUCAAUGGUUUAAAGGCUAUUUGACAUUAGCAUAGGCUUGCCAUAUGUUCUGGUACAUUGAGACAUGUUACUGACUUAUAACUUCAGUUCCGUAUGUUCUCUUAGACCAAUGUUUCUCAAAGGGUGUGUCAACUUAAACAUUUUCUUUUAAAAACCAUCAUAAAAUUACUAUACAAUUUUAUUAAAAACAAUUUUUGGAACUAAAAUAAAUUUUCAAUAUCAAUUUAUACGUAUCAUUUAAUUCAUUGUUUGUUUCCUAGUCUUAAAUCGCUUAUAUUUAGAAAGUAGACAAUAUUCAUCCAUAUAGUGUGCCGUGACCUAUAUUAAAUAAUAAUAAUGUGCCACAAUGGUAAAAAGUUUAUGAAUUGCUACCUUAGAUCCUACAAAAUUCCUAAUUAAGUGUAAAUAAUAAUUUAUAAAUUUUUUUUUUGAAGCUAUUUAAAUAAAAACAAUUUAAUUUCAUUACAGAAUAUGACCAGUUGCAUUUUUGGAUAAAAUUUAUUUUUACUAUACCCCCUUUGGACUAGACCAUAGUUAUUUCACGUUGGUGAACACUGCUUUAUAGCUCUUAUAGUCCUGUCUCAUUGGGCUGUGCGGCGCCAGAUUCAACAAAUAUUUCCCGCGGUCUGCGGUCAGAUGGCCUACUUUAACACAUCAAAGAUAUACUUUGUACAUAUACUUGGUGAUUUUUUAGUUAUAGAUAAUAAAUGGUUACAUUUUUAAAGAUAUAUUACCAGGUGCAUGCACGUGAGGGGGGGUCAACCGUUUCCCAAAAUUCCAUGCAAAUUAUUAUGAUGGAGUCUCAAAAGUGGUUUCUGUUUAUGAGGAAGAUAAAUAUAAUUUUGAUUUAAUUUUUAAUUUAUUACUAGAUAGUAGAUAUAUAUAUUGUUAUUAUUGUCAUAUCUAACUUUUUGUGGUUUUCCUGCUUUUAAAAAAUUAUAACAUACGGUGAUAUUGCACAGUCAUCAUUAUCACUACAAUAAUAUGAAUUACAUGAUAAUUUAGGCC